AUUGAUUAUAUUUGUAAAGAAAAGUACGUUAUAAUUGUUAAGUUUAUUUUAUAAAACAUUGCUGUGUUUGUAGUAACCAGUCAGUAGAGAUAUGGCAGGGAAAGAGGUAACAACACCUGGGAUUACUGGGUCUAUGGAGUUAAUUAACUGUACCCCAUGCUCUGAAGCAGAGAGGACAACUGUGGCCAUCAAAUAUUGUGUGGACUGUACAACAUAUGUUUGUCAGGACUGUUUAAAUGACCACAACAAGUUUGCAGCUUUACGUAAACAUAACAUUGUGGAGAUCACUGAAGCUAAUGAGCUUCUAGGUGACACAGAUCAAGUCCAGGGAAAAAGAUCGGUGGAAUGUGGAAGUCAUUAUGGACAAUUCAUUGACAGAUAUUGCAGAAGCCAUGACGAAGUGUGCUGCAGAAUUUGUGUGACAAUCAAACACAGGUUAUGCAAAGAAAUAACUGGUAUAGAAACAGUUGCUGAGGGAAUAAAAGAAAGUCAAGAAUUUUGUGCUUUAAAAUCUUCCUUGCAAAAGUUGAGAAAAUCUGCUAUACAGGAAAAAUUAUAUCGAAAUCAAAACUUAAAAGAAAAGAUGGAGGAAAAGAAAAAAAUCUUGGCUGAUAUUGAUGAACAAGAAGAGAGGUUAAUACAAAAGAUAAGAGUUCUAGCCAAUACUUCUAGAGAAAACAUCCAAGAAGCUCAUGCAAAACAUCAAGAUGCAGUCAAGGCUGAUAUCAAAGAACUAGACUCAGUUAUAUCAGGCUUGAAAAAGAGUUUAAAUCACAUAAACAGAGAUGGCAUGAAUGAAGUGGAGACUUUCAUAUCAAAGAAGAACUACCAGGCAACUUUGGAGGAGGUACAGAGGGUGGUGACAGAUCUUUCAAACAAUUGGCUGCAGACCUCCCUUUUUUAUAAGUUAGAUGAAGUCAUACCUAAAAAUACCACAGCAUUUGGUAAAGUUGAGGAAGAAACCACUAAAAGUCAUGUAUUUCAUCUACAACUCAAACAAGCUGUUGAUAUCAUAUGCCAAACUGACAGUAACAAGUGCAGUAUAAAUGGAAUAUGUCAACUGCCCGACAGUACUGUGGUAAUCACAGAUGCCAAUAAUUCCAAGCUUAAACGACUGAGAGAUAAUUUGGAGGUGAAAGAUUUUAUUGAUUUAGAUGAUACCCCAGAAUGUAUGUGUGUUACAAAACCAGAUGAGGUUGCCAUUGUACUAAGUAAAAUAAACCUGGUUCAGUUUGUAACCAUUGAUGAAAACAUGACUUUAGAGUCAUCAUUUCCUAUAUUAGGAGGAAGAUGCACCAAGAUUGAUUGUGACCCUAAAGAGAAUAUAGUGUAUGUUUGUUGUAGGUUUGAAUGUGAAAUGAAACUGCCUAAAAACAAAAACCCCCUUUCAUUUAAUAAUUAUAUAACACACGAAUUUCAUAUCAUUGUUUACAAUAAAAAAGGUGAAUGUUUGUCAAUAUAUAACAAUGAGGAAGAUGUGAGUCAACAGUUUUGUAAGCCGUUGAAGAUACUUAUCAGUUUAGAUACUUUUGAUUUAAUUGAUGCAGAUACUAACAUAUAUACAUUUAGUAAGACAGAGAUGAAACAAAAACCAACUAAAGCAGGCUAUUAUGGUGCAAGAUAUGACGAUUAUUGUGGAAGAUAUGAUAAUGAGUAUCUAUGCAUGCUGUCUGCAGAGAAUAUUAUAUAUGUAAACAAGAAAGGAUAUAUGUAUCUAAAAUCAUUACAUGUUAAACAGCAACACAUGCUUGAGUCAGGAGAUUUUUCACCUGUGCAAACAGUACUUUUUAACAAGAAAAAAUCUACUUUAAUUGUUGCAGGACAGUCAUGUCAAAUCAAAGAAUACAAAAUGGGCUUAAAGAUACUAUAUCUUCUCAAAGAAUAAACAAAAGGAGAUACUGAAAAGAUUAAAAAGAUUUGUAAAGGGUUAGAGAUUUAAGGCAUUAUUAUUUAGACAAAGACAUAAUAUGGAGAAAUCUCUGUCAAUCAACAGACAUGAAUUCACCAGCCUUUGUAUCAGUACAACAUUAGAACUUUUUAUAUAUAAUCUAGGUACACAAUAUACAUGUAUCUUUUUUUUAUGAC